AUGGAAGAGGGAAAUCACUCAGAAGCGACUGAAUUCAUACUCUCAGGGCUGACAGACCGUCUGGAGUUGCAUGUCCCCCUGUUUACGUUGUUCCUACUGAUUUAUGUUAUCACCCUGAUGGGCAACGGGGGGAUGAUUUUGUUAAUCACAAUUGAUUCCCGACUCCACACCCCCAUGUACUUUUUCCUCCGAAUUUUGUCUUUCUCUGAUCUCUGCUAUUCCUCAGUGAUUGUCCCUGAGAUGUUGCAGAUUUUCUUAGCCGAGAGGAAAAGCAUUUCUCGCACUGCCUGCGCUGUGCAAAUGUAUAUCUUUGUCCAUUGUGUAGAUAUGGAGUGUUUCUUGCUGGCUGUGAUGGCGUACGACCGUUACGUGGCCAUCUGUAACCCACUCCUUUAUACGGUCGUAAUGUCCAGACAGCGUUGUAACCAGCUGGUGGCUGGGGUGUGCACUGUGGGGUUGGUGGAUGCAAUGAUACUGACGUAUUAUAUAUUCCGGCUGUCGUUCUGCAGCUCCAACAUCAUCCAUCAUUUCUACUGCGACUCCCUCCCACUGCUGGUUCUCUCCUGCUCUGACACCCGUACCACUGUGAUUGCAUUAAUUGCUUCCAUGUGCUACACUGUAGUGAUCAGCCUUGUGACCAUUCUCCUCUCCUAUAUCUGUAUCCUCUAUGCCAUCCUGCGGAUCCGCUCUGCCGAAGGCCGGUACAAAGCCUUCUCCACCUGCUCUUCCCAUUUGUGCGCAGUGGGCAUGUUUCACGGCACCCAACUCUUCAUCUAUUUCCAUCCCAGCUCCAGCUAUUCCAUAGAUGUGGAUAAAAUAGCUUCCGUGUUUUACACAGCAGUGAUCCCCAUGUUGAAUCCCCUCGUCUACAGCCUGAGGAACAGGGAGGUGAAAGACGCCCUGAGGAAAGUAAGGAAUAAACUGCUAAUCAAGUCCUGA